AUGACUUCCCCACUAAUGAUCUCGACACAUGGACGAGAUUGCACAUAUUGUGGUGAUCCAAGACACACUCGUGAGACUUGUUUUAAAUUGCAUGGCUACCCUAAAUGGUGGGCUACUCUCAAACAUCGAACACAACGCAAUACGACUAGUAAUGGUACUAGUUAUGGAUCCCAUACUUCUUAUAAGAGUGAUUCCACGAGCUGGAUAAUUGAUUCCGGUGCAACUGAUCAUAUGAUGUUUGAUCAUGAUGAUUUUCUGAAUACUACACAACUCCGACGAACUUGUAUUGCUAACACCAAUGAAGUUAUUUAUCCUGUGAUAGGGGUUGACAGAUAUCAUACUAAGGAGAUUCUUGGUCGUGGUACUAAAAGAGGGGAGCUAUAUUAUGUAGAUAACUUCAGUCCCGACAUGGCUAACAGUGUGACACAUCCCUCUGAUAGUUUCAAGGACUUUGACUUCACAUGUAACACUUGUAUUUUGGCCAAGAGUCACUGUGUUCCCUAUCCAUUGAGUACGAACAAGUAUACUACUCCGUUUACGUUAAUUCACUUUGAUGUUUGGGGACUUUCACCUAUCAUUGCUCCUUCUGGUGUUCGGUGGUUUGUCACAUUUAUGAAAACUGAGUUCAAUGCUCAAAUACAGAUUCUUCACUCAGACAAUGGUGGAGAAUUUGUCAAUCACAACUUUCAGGCUUACUUCCAACCACAUGGAAUUAUCCAUGAGACGACUUGUCCUCAGACACCACAACAAAAUGGUGUUGCUGAACAAAAGAAUCGACAUCUUCUUGAAACCACCAAAGCAUUUCUGAUUGGCACUUAUGUUUCUCGCCAUCAUUGGGAUGAUGCUAUUUUCACCGCAGUUCACCUGAUCAUCCGUAUGCAUUCUAGUGUAUUGACCUUUAAAACUUUCUUAUAA